UGCUGCUACGGGGAGACGUUGUUGCUGGAGCCCCCUCCAAAAUGGCCUUCCAGCCAAACGUCAUCAUUUCCUGCAUCGUGGUGCUUCUCUUGAGUAGCGGUAGAUCUCGCGCUCAACACGAUUGCCCCCCCGUACCGGACUGCGCACGUUCAGAGGCUCGCUUCCGUACCAUCGAUGGAACCUGCAACAAUCCUAACGAGCCGCUGCAAGGCGCUGCGAUGCGUCCAUACCGCCGUCUAGUCGGUGCGGAGUACGCGGAUGGUGUAUGGGAUCCACCGGCGACUAGUUCCGGUUCACCGAUGCCCAAUGCACGCCAGCUCUCGCUGGCACUGUUUGGUGAAACGGAAAUGCAACAUCCACGUCACACGUUGGUCAGCAUGCAGUUCGGUCAGCUGAUUGCGCACGAUAUGAGCUUCACGGCCGAUGCCUUUGGUAUGCUGUGUUGUGCUGAUGGGAAAAUGGUACCAGCGGGGCAAGCGCGAUCGCCACGCUGUCUCCCGAUCGAAGUCGCGCGCGAUGAUCCCGUCAUGGCUGAGGAGGGAGUCGAGUGUUUGAAUAUGGUGCGGACCAAGACGACCCUAGAAGAUCCUUGUCAGGGAAGGAGUGGCCCUGCGGAACAGCUUUCAUCGGUAACGUCCUAUCUGGACCUCUCCGUUGUCUACGGUAAUUCUUUGGAGCAAUCCAAUGAGUUGCGUACCUUCGAUGGUGGGCUGAUGCGGGUUGAGCAUCGGCACGGUAAGGAUUGGCCACCGUAUUUCCCCAACCGGACGCAGCUGUGCGAUGUAAAGGAUGAGACGGAGGCUUGCUACCUGACCGGAGAUCGACGUGCGAACCAGAGCCCUCAUCUGGCGUUGCUUCAGAUUGCCUUCCUGCUCGAGCACAAUCGGUUGGCACGGGAGUUGACGAUCUACAAUCCGCACUGGGAUGAUGAGAGGUUGUUCCAGGAGGCGCGCCAGAUCAAUAUCGCUCAGUACCAGGCGAUCGUGUACUACGAGUGGCUACCGAUCUACAUGGGACGUCAGAAUUUGGUCGAGUAUGGUGUGUUGCCGGAGCCGGGGAUUCAGCAGGACUUAGUAGACGAUUACGAUCCGAGUGUCGAUGCGACCGUGAGCAACGCUUUCGGUAAUGCGGCCCUUCGCUUCUUCCACAAUCUGAUCGCCGGUCAUCUGGAUCUAGUGGAGGAAUCUCUGCAACCUACUGGCUCGAUUCGUUUGUCAGAUUGGUUGGAUCGACCGUCGGUCCUGGAGCAGGAUGGGAAUUACGAGAAGUUGUCUCGUGGAAUGAUCCAUCAACCGCACGAUCGUCCCAACUUUCAUCUGACGCCCGAGGUGAAGCAUUUCCUCUUCCGUUCCGGAGCACCCGUCGGUUCCGAUCUGAAGGCCAUUGACAUCCAGCGUGCGCGGGAUCAUGGGUUGGCCAGUUACAAUGCCUACCGGCAGUUCUGUGGAUUGAAGGCGGUCCGACAUUGGGAUGAGUUCGCGGGGUUACUGCGUCCCAUUUCGGCCAAUGCCAUACCAGGGCAAUACGAAUCGGUUGAGGAUGUUGAGCUGGCGGUGGCUGGACCACUUGAGUUUCACUAUCGCGAUGGUAUGCCUGGAGAGACGUUCACCUGCAUUUUGUUGGAGCAGUUCAGGCGAUCGCGCGUUGGUGAUCGGUUCUUUUUUGAGAAUGGCCGAUCGGGAUUGAAUCGACGUCAGGUGCACGAGUUGCGUAAGGCUAGUAUGGCACGUAUUCUGUGCGAUAACACAGUUGCGCUGGAGAGGAUGCAGCAGAGGGCCUUCUUCCUGGUUAGUGACGACAAUCCCGUUGUGCCGUGCGAACAGUUGCCGGUGGUGGAGCUGAUGCGCUGGCUGUGCCGCGCAACGAUCGAGUCCUGUCCGUUCGUUAUGUCCUGUGAUGAUGGCUUCGAAGGUUCAACUUUCCGUAGUGCUGAUGGAUCGUGCAAUAGCCGGUACAAUCCACUGUACGGGACAGCGUACCGGCCCUACCGACGAUUACUGCCAGCGAAAUACGCCGAUGGCAUUUCAGAACCUGCCCGAAUGGGCGAUGCCGCGAUGCCAAACGCUCGCCAACUCUCGAUGGCUCUGUUUGGUGAGACAGAGCAACGGGACGUCCAGAGUACGAUCGUCAACAUGCAGUUCGGUCAGCUGGUGGCGCAUGAUCUCAGCUUUACGGCAGAUGUGUUCGGUGGCAAGUGCUGCCCCGGCGGUCGUGCACUUCCCGAUGAUGAGCUUCCGGCAAGGUGUCUACCAGUGACCGUACCACCGGAUGAUCCUGUCCUGGGGAACGGCACGGUCGAUUGUAUGAGUAUGCUGCGCACCAGAACCUCCAUGGAGCAUCCUUGUGCAACGAACUACGGUCAAGCGGAGCAGCUAUCAUCCGUCACAGCUUUUCUCGAUCUGUCGAUCGUUUAUGGCAACUCGGUGGCACAAACUGCAGCCCUACGGUCACCACACCGUGGUCAGAUGCUGGUGGAGCACCGGAACGGAAGUGACUGGCCACCACGUAACCCGAACGCGUCCACGCUCUGUCAGAUGCUCGAAGAGUCGGACGUAUGCUACCACACCGGAGAUCUCCGAUCGAACCAGAGCCCUCAUCUGGCGUUGCUUCAGAUUGCCUUCCUGCUCGAGCACAAUCGGUUGGCACGGGAGUUGGCGAUCCUGAACCGGCACUGGGAUGAUGAGAGGUUGUUCCAGGAAGCACGCAAGAUCAACAUCGCUCAGUACCAGGCGAUUGUUUAUAAUGAUUGGCUACCGAUCUACAUGGGACGCGAGAAUAUGCUGGCUGGUGGUUUGCUCCAUCCGGUGGCUGGUGAUGAGGAACCGGUGCCGGAUUACGAUCCUCUUGUGGAUCCCACAGUGAGCAAUGAGUUUGGGACCGCUGCGUUCCGAUAUUUUCACAACAUGAUCGUUGGUCAGUUGGACAUGUACGGUGCCACCGGUGAAUCGAUCGGAUCGAUACGGCUCUCCGAUUGGUUGCGACGGCCAGCAGUACUGGAGCAGCAGCUACAGCACCGGGAACCAAACCGUGUCCUACUGGCACGCGGCAUGGUCAGCCAACCGCACGACACCCCCAACAGCCAUCUUUCACCGGAAGCCAAACACUACCUGUUCCGGAACCAACGGACCGUCGGCGUAGACCUGAAAGCGAUCGAUAUCCAGCGUGCCCGGGACCAUGGGCUGGCAAGCUACAACGAGUACCGGGUGUGGAGCGGUCUCGAGCGAGCAACCCGUUGGCCGGAUCUACAUGAUACACUCCCGGAGGAUGCAGUGACCGGGCUGGCCCGCUGGUACGGUACGGUCGAUGAUGUGGAGUUAUCCGUGGCCGGUGCUCUCGAACGGCAUCAUGAGGGGGCAACGGUUGGCCGGACCUUUCUCACCAUUCUGCUCGAACAGUUCCGACGUACGCGCACCGGUGAUCGGUUCUUUUACGAGAAUGGUGCUCACUUUAGUGGGCCACAGUUGGCGCAGGUGCGCCGUGCAUCCAUCGCUCGGUUGCUGUGCGAUGCGGUACCGGAGUUGGCGCGAAUGCAAUCCGAUGCGUUCUUCAUUCCGGAUGACGGGGCCAAUCCGGUGCAGCCGUGUGGGGAGCUCCGGGAAGUGAGGCUCGAACCGUGGCAGGAACGUUGA